CGUCUCCGCUCUGCAGUCCCGUCCCCUGCUCUCCUGGGUGGCGAGGGGACCUGCCUGGCUGCAGGCUCUGAGCGCGCAGUUGCGCCGAGGCGGAGCGUUGGAGGCACCGUCCGAGAGCUGGAGCUCAGGUUCUUCCUGCGCUUGGCAAAAUCCAGUUCCCUUCCUCUUACUGUAAAAAGGUGUGAGGCAUGAAGGGAGCCUCAUUUUGGUCCUGAGAAGAGUGCCUGUACAGCCAACUGUAUUGGGUCUGGAAAGCUUGCCACCGGCUCUGCCAUGAGCAGAUCACUAUUGCAAAGCAGGAUGCAGCAGGAGUACCGGAAUGUUUGCGUUCUUCUGCCCAACAGAGAGCAACUCAGUGUAACUAUUGGGGUAAAAGCCACUGGACAGGAGCUCUUCCAGCAAGUUUGUGACUUAGUGAAGAUUAAAGACCCUCACUUCUUUGGCCUCAGUAUUAUUAAAAACAAUGAGUAUGUAUUUAUGGACCUGGAACAGAAGCUUAGCAAAUACUUCUCAAAGGAAUGGAAGAAAGAGACAAACAAAGUGUGCUUGAUACGUUAUGCAUGUACGCAGAUGGAUCUGAGACACAGCACAUGCCUCAGCUUUGGUCAGGAAGGGCGGAACAUAUUGCAGAGGGGACGGAGAAGUUCACCCCUCCUUUUGUUGCCUUCUUCAGAGUGCAGUACUACGUAGAAAAUGGAAGGGUCAUAAGUGACAAGGCAGCACGGCACCUGUACUACUGCCAUCUCAAGGAACAGGUGUUGAGAUCUCGGUGCUCCCACAAAGAAGAAAUCUACUUCCUGCUGGCUGCUUACAGUUUACAGGCUGACUUGGGCAGUUAUGCCGAGAAUGUCCAUGUUGGGAAAUACUUUGAACCUCAGGCCUAUUUCCCACAGUGGAUAAUUGCCAAGAGAGGAAGUGACUAUAUCUUGAAGCAUGCUCCAGAGAUACACCAAGAACAGAAAGGUCUGAGCACGAAAGAUGCUAUCCUGCAGUUCAUCAAGGAGUCCUGUUUGCUGGAAGAUGUGCCUGUCCAUUAUUUCAGAUUGCAGAAGGAUAAGAAGGAAGAUCGCCCAACAGUUGUCCUGGGUCUCACCCUUAAAGGAAUUCACAUCUAUCAGGAGGUGAACCAUGUCCGCCAGCUGCUCUAUGACUUCCCCUGGUCACACAUUGGGAAACUUGCGUUCCUGGGGAAAAAGUUUGAAAUCCAACCAGAUGGUUUGCCCUCUGCCCGGAAGCUGGUGUACUAUACGGGUUGCCCAUUCCGGUCACGACACUUGCUGCAGCUCCUGAGCAACAGCCACCGACUCUUUCUCAACGUCCAGCCAGUGCUGAAGCAGAUCCAAAAGCUGGAGGAGGUAGAAGAGAAGAAGCGUUACCGGGAGUCCUACAUCAGUGACACUCUGGAGAUGGACCUUGACCCCUCGGAUAAGCACUCCCAUGGCAGUGGAAGCAGUGGGGGCAGCCAGAGAGUCAAUCGACUAUCUCGCCAGUCAACUGGGAGCCACGGUAGCUCUCACACAUCUGGCAUUGAAGCUGAUUCGAGGCACAGGAUGUCAGUGGAGAUGUCAGUGGAUGAGCCUUUCAGUAUCGAGCGAGUUCACCGGAAGGAGAAGUCUUGUAGCUCAACUGUUAGCUGUGGCAGCUCAGGCAUUGACAGUGGUGGUAAAGGGAGAGUUGAAGAGGACUCUCAGGAUGACGAAGUUGAGCUGGCUGUGGAUGACCCUGUAGAGAGAAACCAGUUGGAGGAGGCAGCUGAAGGAGAGUGUGCCAGUCCUCUUGCUUUAGAUGCACUUUGUUGUCAAGUUUCUUCCUCUGCAGCUCUUAAGAAAAAGCCUCUCCCUGUGGUACAAGUCACACUGAUACAAAUGAGAGGCCAAAGUGUGGAAUCGCUUCAUCAGGUGAGACAGCCUAAAGGCAGGAGCUGCGCAGACCAGCACAGCCAGAGUUUGGAUGACAUUCGCCUGUACAAGCAUCAGCAUCCACCGAUAAGCUCUACACUUUCUUCAGACACUUCCCAUAGCUACACGUUUGGUUGUGCCCUGGAUGAUAAGCUGGCCAGCUAUGGCUGUGUUUACUCAACAGCAGACUGCAAAACCAAGUCUGCGCUCUAUGGAAAGAGAUCCAUGAACUGCCUGUCUCUGGAUCUUUUGGGAGAGGACCAGCUGCCAGAGGAGUUUGUGGUGUAGCCAGGUUGGCAAGCAACUAAACCAAGAGACGACUACUAUAAAAGCUACUAUAUAUACCUCAUUAAUACAUAGCUUUUGUUUUUGCAGGUGAUUGAUAAAUGAUUUUUGUAUCCUACUAAGAUUCGUUAGUCGUGCCACAGCUCAGCAAACCUGACAAGUCUACUACAGGGCAGCACUUUAAAAAGAGAAAUACUGGCAUUGGAAUAUCUGUCCUCCACCCAGCGCAUGGUUAAAGUGAACUUCCCCAAUAGAAUAGACAAGCUUAUUUGUUUUAAAUGCCAGUGGAUGAUUGGAUCAAACACCUAAUAAGUUAAUAGUACAGAGAGCACAUCUGAAUUGAUUUACCUGAAAGGAAAGGCAGAUUCCACAUUGCUUUGGGGCCGGGGGGGGGGGGGGGCCCCCCUUUUUUUUUUUUUUUUUAAACUGCCUACUUCUUGACCUCUUUUGUCCAUAAUGUUAACACUAAUCUGGUAUGUGGGUCCCUUUAAACUCACUCUGAGGCACCACUGUUAACUGUCAGGUUUUUUUGUAGAACGUAUUUUAGCUGAUGAACAAUGGGGAUGGACUUUCUGCAGCUCUAGAACCCUGUCCUGCUCCCUUUGCAAUCAAUGGAUGCUUUGUUAUUGGCUUUGCUAGGAGCAGGAUCUACCUCAUUGUGAGUUUGUUUCUAGAUUUCCCCCUCCACCAUCACCUAAGUGUAUCACUAAAUUUUACUGCUAUUUUUAUAAACUGCAUUUUUAGAGCAACAAAGUGGGAGCUGCUGGCCACAAACCUCCCCUACUGAUAAUUUUUUCAUUAUUCAGAAAAUAACAGGAUGAAUCUGUUGCUUCCACCUGUUUGGCUUUUGAGGGAGUCAUUACGAAAGUGCCAAUUGAUUGGCUUUUCAGGAAAAGUGACACAAGUUGUGCAACCUACUUGAAUGAUAGCACUUUUUUUUUAAACUCAAUUCCAUAUGAAUUUACCCUCUUGAGUUUUGGAAGCUGAACAUGAGGAAGCAUAUUUAUGGGAUGGCUAGAGAAGUUGCCCAGGUUUGAUUUUGAUUGGAGCCUUCAAAUGGUGCAAGAUGAGACUGUAAAACAUCUGAUGUAUGUUGCAGUUCCUGUCCCAAAGACAGUCUGUGGAUUUGGGUUUUUUUGAGUGCUAUGGAGCUGUGCCAGUGUUCUGUUAGAUACAUGUGCUGGUGCUCUGAUUUUUAAAAAAAGGUUCAUAUUGCAUCUAGAGAUGGAUGUUUUCCUCCUUUAUUCACAAAAGUGAUGCUAAGUUGUUUCCUCAUCUGCAGUACAUAGGGGAGUGACACAAUUACCUAUAAUCUUAUUGCCCAGCUGCAUCCUGGCAGAUGGGGAGAGGUGAUUUGUUAUAACCCCUCAGCAAAGAAUAAUUCUUUUAGGAAAUAGAGCGCACUGAAUGUAAAAUGUCAUUUUGCUGACUUAAAGAACAGUAUCAAUCUUGCUGCACUAAAGUGUUGAAAAUAGUUGAAUCCAUACAAACUGCAGCCAGCCACAGUGAAAAUUGUCAUUGCCUUUUUGAAAGGCGGUUUGUUGGGCUAGGAUCAUGUGCAUCUUCCUCUUAAAAGGCCAGGUGGAAAACUGCAUUAUAUUUCCAUCUUAGGCAGCAGUCCAUUAUACAGUUGCAUUCCAAGUGAACUAUUAAAAUAACUAAGCUAGAAACCCCAUGAUCUUAGUUAUGGUACAAGGUUUCCAUGCAGAUUGGUACAUCUCAGAUAAGCAGAUACAUGAAGUGUUGCUUUGUUGAAAAUUCCAGUUCACAUUUCUUUAGAUGGCACUUAACUUGGUUUAGAUGAGGCAAGGGUUCUUGGUAUUGUCUUCAUUUUUCUGUCACUUAGAUUAUUUAAGAAACAAAUCACCAAAAAUUACUCUUGACUUAUUGGUAGUU